UCCCACCAUUUUUUUCCUUUUUUAAUGUCGGCUAUUGCAGGCCGGCGCUGCAAAUUUGGAAUCUGCCCUUGUGCAUGGCGGACGAAAAAAAAAAAAAAAUCCACACAGAUUGCAGCGACACAGCCUCAUUUUUUUUAUGCGUGGCCCGAUCGGACUUCUCUAUUUGACGCUAUUUGAUAAGAAAUGUAAUGUAAGGUAGAAGAAGCGUCGGAGGGGGAAAAAAAAAAACACUGGAGGGAAAUUUCUCACAUUUUGGAAUUUCCUCAUAACUAAUUCACUUUUUUUUUUCCCUCCGGGGAGGAAGCCGUUGUUGCAGUCACCUCUGGCCGGGGAAGGCAGGAUUUUCCUCGGACUGUUUUCGCAUGAGCCACAUCGCUUUCGGAGAUCUUGACAGCUGAAAAGGAGAUAGCGUUUCAUCAAAAGGAUUUUCUUCUGGAACUGAAAGAAGAAAAUGUAAGAACGUCCGACUAGAGCACAACAAAUUACAAGGCGAUCUGAUGAUAUCUGACAGAGGAGUCCAGGGUCAGAGGAGGCGGGAGUCAUGAGUGCACCAGAGGCACCCAAUCCCGGUAAGGAGCAAGGGAGUGACGGGAGCAACGGAACACCCUCGACAUCCACUGCCACAGACAACAAGGGCGCCAGUUCGCCUCCGGUCACGAUAAAGAAGGAGCCCGAGGCCGCGGAGACGAGCAAUGGCAGCAUCGGAGACGCUCUCAACCCGGCAGAGAUCUGCGUCGUCAUCGGGGGGAGCGACCCUAAAGCCAGCGGAGGCGGAUCUCGUAGAGCUCCGUCGGAGGGUAUGUUUGCCCUUGGUACACCUCCUCCAACGAAGAGCACAGAUUCGUGCAUAGGUUCCUAUGUAUGUGGAGUCUGUGGGAAGAAGUACAAGUACUACAACUGCUUUCAGACACAUGUCAGGGCACACAGAGAAUCUGAGAGCAUGGUUGCAGAUCUACAACCAGCGCCUAACAGUGGCUUCCGUUACUCCUGUGACAUCUGCGGCAAGAAGUAUAAAUACUACAGCUGCUUCCAGGAACACCGUGACCUGCAUGCAGUGGAUGAUCCAUAUGAGCAGGUUGUGCUACCUAUCGACGGCCUUAAAGAAGAGGAGCCAAUUGAACCCUACCAUAAAAUUGGACCAAAAACGGGGAGCUUUGUUUGCGAGUUCUGUGGGAAGCAGUACAAAUAUUUCAACCCAUACCAGGAGCACGUUGCCCUUCACACACCAAUGAGUUCCUUUGAUCUGAAGACGUCGCGGGUGCAGGAGUGUGGCAGCCUGGACAUGAGUAAAUUUGGCCAGAGCCAAACCGAUAAGAUAAAAAACGUUCACUUCAGACGGAAAUUGGAGAACGCAUUACAAUCGAGUCUGGUGGACACAAACAGUUCGCAGAACUCAAGUGGAACUCCGAGCCCUCUGGUGGCUACUUCCUUCUCUACACCUCAGAAACCCUACACUUGUGGUGCCUGUGGCAUCCAGUUCCAGUUCUACAACAACCUGCUGGAGCACAUGCAGUCCCACGCUGCCGACAUCGAGAACCACACCAAAGGCAACUCUCCAAAAACCUCCUUAGCUUCGGGUCCUCAGGAGCAGCUGUGGAGAGCGUCUCCGGCUCAGGCCGCCCACCCCUCAGUCAAACUACAGAUCCAACCUCAAAGCGUCCCCCAGAGAAACCACAGUGUCAGCCAGAACAACGGCCUACCUGAGAAGGAGCGCCUACAGGUGGCCGAGCGUCUCUUACGGGUAAUGUGCUCCGAUCUCAACAUGCUCAACGUGCUCAACAGCAAGGACUUCCUCAAGCUGGCACAAACGCUGGUGGACACGGGGGCUCGCCAUGGAGCCUACUCCACCCGCGACGCCCUGGGCAAUAUGAGUGCCUUGGCGCUGCGCCAGCUGCCUCGCAUGUACAACCAAGUGAAAGUGAAGGUCACGUGUGCCCUCGGCUCCAACGCCUCACUGGGCAUCGCCGUGACGUGCCACUCUCAGACGUCGGGCCCGGAUGCCUGCUACGUUCUCACAGCCUAUCAGGUGGAGGGCUCGAGACUGAAACGUUACGUUCUUGGCGUAAGGGAGGCGGAGCUGAGGGAGGGGCCGGAGCAGAUCCACCACUGGGUCCAGAAUGUGCUGUCCGAGUUUGUCAUGUCAGAUAUUCGCACUGUGUAUGUGGCAGAGCCCCGCGUGUGGGCCGCCGGAUUCGGGGCUUCCUCGCUUGGAGGCGGCGGACGCGGGAGGAUCUGCUUGCGCUGCGCAGGGUGCUCGCUUGGUGCCGUUGUCCAGGCCGUCUUGGGGAAGCGUAGCCUCCAGGCUCGAGGGCUCCACGAGCUGGCCGAGCUGCUCGCCACGUGCAGAGACAUCUCCUCCACCACCACACUGGGCCUCAGCGAGGAGCAGGGCACCAACACCUCCACAAGCUCCACAGAGGACGCAGCACAGGGCAGCCCCGGCCAGUGCCCCACCCCUCCCUGCUGGGAUCGUUCGGCUGAGGCUCUCCUGCAGGUCAACUCCCACUUCGAACAGAUCUGCGAGACGUACGGGCGCAACAAGUCUACGGCCCCUCUCCUCCAGGGCCUCAACAAGCACUUGUUAGGAACGCUCACUUGUCUGCUGGCUCCUCUGCGCCUGGCAGCGCUGGAGCUCAGCAGUCAAAGGAGGCCGACAUUGCAGCAGGUACUUCCUGUCUACCUUCGCCUGGAAAAGUUUUUCACAUCCAAAGCUGGAGAAGCUGGAACGGGCGUGGCCAGCAAACUCUGUCACUACUUCCUGGAAGCACUCAAGGAGAACUUCAAGGUUGAGCGAGCCCACCAAGUGGCAAUGGUUUUGGAUCCUCAGCUCAAGCUCCGUUUGGUCCCGACUUACCAACACGAGGAUAUCAUCUCUCGAGCGUGCGAACUUGCUGCUGAAUCCAAGGACGGGUGUAUAACCAGCACCAGUGGCUCGUGCGGCGAGGAACGGGAAACUGACGGCCCACCGAUGCCUAAAAUAACCCGCGUGGAGGGCGCCGGCAACAACGGCGGCACGGCCAUGGCGUCAGUGUCCGCUAACGACGAGAGUCAAAGCAAAGUCCGACAGGAGAUCUUCCAGUACCUGGCGGAGCCUCUGCUCCAGGGCACCACCGAUCUCUUCCAGUACUGGAGCUCCACAGUGGGCGACAAGUUCCCCAGGCUGGCCCGCCUGGCGCUGUGGCUCCUAGCUGUGCCCGCCGUGGGCAUACGCAGCGAAUGCGUGAUGGUGUGCGAGCAAAGCCUGGCCAUGAAAAGGAGGCAGCAGGUAACCGCAGAAGAAAUGAACAAACUCAUUUUCCUUCGCUCUAACAUGGGCUAACCAACCAAACCUUGACCCCCCCCAACCCUCAGCCAGGGACUUUUAUUUAAUUAGGCUUAGACCGGGUGUAAAGGUAUAGAUGUGUACGUGCUAGGUUGCAAGCAGCUGUUACAACACAGCUUUUCACUUUCUGUAUUUCACACGAAGAUGUUCAGCAUAUCGGUAACUCCAAUAAUCAUUGUCUAGCCUAAAAAGGAAACCGCUUUAAAGGCUACAUGCUGUUAUGGGACGGCGGGGAAGGUCAGUAAACCUCAACAAUACUGUAGAAGAAAAUAGUCUGAAUAUUCACUGCCUUUCGCGAGAUCUGUUUGGAAUUCUCUACAACCUCAACGAAACCUGCUAAACCUUUUUUUCCUUCAAAGGGGUUAAAAGCGCACAUUACAAGCUAGUCUGGAUUUACACUGCAGUUUGAAGUCAACACUUUUUUUUGUUUGUUUUAAACAAACCGCGUUAAGCAGAUUAAAAGUUGUAUGUUUACUUUGCUUGGGCUGCCCUUGGAUCAAAGGGGUCAUACUAUGAUUUUUUUCUAAAUGUAAAACACUUUUGUGUAAUGUGGUUUUUUGGUCAAAAUCUUACAUUUGAUUAUCUUUUACGGACCAUCUUCAAGCCGCUUUUUGGUAGUCUCUUCAGAAUGCGCCUUUCUGUGGGCGGUCUUAUUUACGUACCUCCACUUCGACAGCGUCUUCUCCCCGAUUGCCAUGUUGCAGUUUUUAGUGCUUUGAAAGGGAGUCUACUGUCAGAUCUAAGUUAGAACUACCGUAUUUUUCAAAGUAUAAGUCGCUCUGGAGUUUAAGUCGCACCUGCCGAAAAUGCACAAUAAAGAAGGAAAACAACAUAUAUAAGUCGCGCUGGAGUAUAAGUCACAUUUUUGGGGGAAAUGUAUUUAAUAAAACCCAACACUAAGAAUAGACAUUUGAAAGGCAAUUUGAAAUAAAUAAAGAAUAGUGAACAACAGGCUGAAUAAGUGUACGUUAUUUGACGCAUAAAUAACCAAAUGAGAAGGUGCCUGGUAUGUUAACGUAACAUAUUAUGGUUAGAGUUAUUUAAAUAACUAUAACAUAUAGAACAUGCGAUACGUUUACCAAACAAUCUGUCACUCCCAAUUGCUAAAUCCGAUGAAAUCUUAUACGUCUAGUCUCUUACGUGAAUGAGCUAAAUAAUAUUAUUUGAUAUUUUACGGUAAUAAUUGCACACAUAAGUCGUUCCUGAGUAUAAGUCGCACCCCCGGCCAAACUAUGAAAAAAACUGCGACUUGUAGUCCGAAAAAUAUGGUAUACACUGCUUUAAAUUACAAAUGGAAAUGGGAUGGAGGAACGACCCACAUCAAGAUGAUUAAAAAAAAAGAAGGUGCUUAUUGAUUACAAAUUCGGACUAAAAUGACGGACUCGCGCAAAUAUCUUAGGGCAAAUUUCGACCAUAUAUGGAGAUAUCGGCUGACUUUACAAUUGGUAAAAAAAAAAAAGCCAAAAAAGGGAAAAUUCCAAAAGGCUAGUUUGGAGAAGUUUUAAGGAAGACAAAAUUGUUUUAUAAAAAUAUCAGCCAUGCCUCCAUGGUUUGAUUUUAAAUGUUCGAGAUCCCGAAUACACAAAAACAGAUUCCGUUGCGUAAAAAAGUUGGUUUUGCGUAAAAGGUCCUCUUUAAAUCUGGGGUGUCCACACAUUUCCUUACUUAUACUGACAAAUUGAAGGGUUAUUUUGAUGAAGCCUUUAAAUCAAUCCUAUGUUAUGCUGUCUUUUAUUCCUUUGUUUUUUUAAUUUGAUCUUUUUCGAUAGGAUGCGUUUCAGAAAUGGCGUGCCGCCCUUUGAAGUCUGAUGAUUUAAACAAAGUCAGUCAUUACAGUCGUGCCUCGCCACAUUGUGCGUCAAAUAUUGUGGCUUCACUACAACUUGCAUGUGUUUUGUAUUUUUCAAUUUUCCAAACAUAUAAAUGGCCAGAUAAGCUAAGAAUAUCGACAUUGCACUAGUAUUGACCACUCGAGGAGACUGAACCAAUCAAAGUGUGCUGUUCCAUAUCAUGACCACUGAUUGGCUCAGCUUCAGGCAACAUGACUAUAUUGGAUUCAAAGAGCUUAAAGAUGACCAAAGGGUGUUAUUUAACGUCUAGAGUUCUCUCAUCAUGUUGAAAACUGUAUAUAGAUGGCCAAAAACACGUUUUUUAUGCUAUACCUAUGAAAAUAUUGGCUUUGUAUUAAAUAAUUCGUACUUAAACGGAAAUUAUUUUAUCGCGGUUAUGUUUGCAACCAAUCAACCACAUUUAAUGAGAGACGACUGUACAACGUUUUCACCUAAUUUAUAGUCUGUAAUGUACGGUAUUUAGACUGAAUUGAAUGGCUUAUGCUUUUGCAGCAGUUUUAAUUUACCCCAGGUGUUUUUUUAUAUUCAUAGGUGUGUUUUUUGUUGCUUUACUGUAUUCCGAUGAUUUACAUUUGACAGGUUCAAUCAGACAACGAGUAUACAUCUUAUUCCUGCAAGGACAAUGUGUUUUCCAGACCCAUAUUGGAAAUAUCUGAGAAAUCGAGAUUGUGUGACUUGAACCAUGUAGUGUAAAUCCAGCCUUACACUCUUAUAAAAACCUUCUUCCAAUUAUCUUUUUUUCCCCGUUACCUCGUCACAUGUGCACGUCACACACAAGCUUGGCUUGCACAGAGAAGAAACACUUUUGCGUCUAAUUUUCACGUCGAAACUUGUAAUAUAUUAAAACCACACUGCAGUUUUAGCAAGCUAACAAUUGUUCAUUUGAACUCUAGCCAGUAACAUUACUUGAGCUACUGUAACUUUCUUUUCGCCUACUCUACUCGUAGAAAGCUUGUUAGUUGUUUGUCCUCAAACAUAGUCUUCCUUAAGUAGGCCUCACAUGUUGAUUUAUCACGGCAAUAAGCUACAUUGUGUCACAAACGGCACGCGACCGAAUCUUCAAAAACUCGACUGUUGGCCGACACGCUGCUCCUGCUGUCUAUCGCGUUAUUUUUUGGAAAUCAAAACGCGGAAAUCUCUCUCAGGAACGAGUUUUUCGCCAGCUCUUUGUUCCACUGACUUUCAUUACUGGACAUUUGUAACAAACAAAUUGUGGUUCCAGCAUGAGACAGAAUUUAGGUCAACACUAAUGAAGUCAAUUUAAACAGAUUCUAACGUACAUGUCUUGCAAGCUCAUACCUCCUUAAAUGGCUCGAAAGAAUGGUCAAUUUGAUUCCUAAUGGCUUUAAAUCCUUUAUUUUCUCUUGUUUUACCCAACAGGUAACCACAAAAACAUGCCUUGAUGUUAGUAAUUCAUUGCCUUUUCAGCAGCCUCCAUUUAUUUUUUGCUAAAGCAUGUUACCACUGACUGGGAAACAGCUCCCUCCAGUGGUCAAAUGUAGGCCUGCAACAUGAACACCUGUAUUUACUUGAUAAGUGUUUUUUUUAUGCCUGUGGUGUUACUUAAUAAGACACACAUCUGGAUUUAUUUUAUAUUUAAAUAUUGGAAAAAUUUAAAAAAUAUUUGGGUGUAUCCCGCUAACAAUACGCAUCCAUUUUUUUUUUUACUAUCAAUAUUCAUGAAUGUUUUAUUUAGAUUGUAGGUUACUAAAACAUACACUGAUUUUUUUUUACCAUUCAAUAUUUGAAUAUAUAUUUUUCAAUCAUGUCAUGUUAAACUUUUGCCAUUUAAUAUGAGCAUGAUUUUGUGGUUAGGGAUGGGCAUUUGACUUAAGUUUCUUGAUUAGACAAAAACUAGAAAAUGAGUAAAAAAAAAACUAUAUUAUGUUUGGUAAUUUUAGAUAGGAAAACAAUACUAAGGUUGGUAUUUUUCUCCACAAAAAUACCUUUUUAUUUUUAGGUGUAUUACCACAUAAAUACGAGUUAAGACUGAACCAACAGCACCCCGGCUGGUUGCAGCCAAGCAGUGCACUCAAAUUAUGACUCUUCCUUGAAUUAAUCGACUCAAUUGAUUAUUUUUUGUGAUUAUUUGCAUUCUGAAGAUCACUGAUCUUUUGAGUCGUUUCAAAUAUUUUGUAGAUAGUAUGACAAGCGGUAGGAAAUGGAUGGACGGUUAUCACAAAAAAAUUUGCUGAUAUAAAAAAAAACUGCGUUGGUUUGAUCGAAAAGAAACCAAAUCAAGUUAAUUUUUUUUUUUUUCUGCUUUGAAGAAAUAGAUGAAGGGAUUUCCAAUUGUGUUUUUAAAUAAUGUAUUUUAAAUAGGAUAUGCUCUGGGACAAAAUGCCAGCGUCACCCAAGAAUGAGCGUCCAUCGCGUUGCUUCGACGAAAAUUCUAUCUUAAGCUAAUUAUGCAUGCUUUUAUUAAUUAGAGUAAUAAUUCUAUUAUAAAGUUGAAAGCCAGUGUGUUUUUAAAUUUUUUUCAUGUCGGACGACUGAAUUCGAACCUCGGUGGAAGUAGGUGAGGUACUGCUGAAUACGUUGAGAUUAUCCAUUUUUUUUCCCGAGGAUGUAUUAUUAUGUACAGUACAUACAGGAGAACUGCUGUUUUUAUGCCACAAGGGGGCGCCGUCAUUUCAGAGACACAGUAGGGAGCACCGGUGAUAACAUUAUACCUCUUUUUUCUACAGUAGCAUUUAAACAAAAAUAAGGUUUUUGAUAUGAUAGAAUAAUAACACAACUUAAAUACUGUUAGCCAAUGGGAAUCCUCUAAGUUUUAUUCUUUGUCAGGAUUUUAAGUUAUUUAAACUUCAACUGUACAAACAACUAUAGUAUGCUAACACGGAGAUGUUUUCAUCAUGCAUUAUCGAAUCAGGUUAAGAAACGUGUGUUGCUUUUUGUUCUACUUUACAGGCAUUUCUUCUUUAAUCUACUGUUUGACGCCACAUGAUUUCUCUCUUUUCUUUGUUUUAUUUUUGCCGACUCCUGUGUAGAUUCCGAUCUGAGUUGUCUUAUUAGUAAGCCUAAUUUAUACUUUUGUAGCAACACUAUUUUUAUAUAAUGGCAAAGAAACGAGUUUCACUGUCGUCUUUUGUUGGUUGUGUGUCAUUCUAAUGGCAGCGCUGUUCAAAGGUUUCUGAACUACAUUACCCACUGUAGUAUUUAAUGUGUGAAUAAACUCCUAAUCUGUGUCAA